AGAUUAGGGUUUAUUAAUUCGUCUUUCUCUUUCAGUGCCUGCCUCAGAGAGCAGAUGAGUUUUUCUCUCUGAGGCGAUUCCCAGCAGCAUGAUAGACUACGAACCUUCAUCAAUGGAAAUCACAGAUCAACCAAAUCACAUGGACGAAGAAGAGGAUCCGUUCCUAAAAUUUAUUGACUACGCGCAGUUGAUUUUAAAAGAAACCGAAAAUGACAAUUCGGACGGGCCGGGUUGGAGCUGGAUUGCUUCUCGGAUCCUUAAAACUUGUGUAGCUUAUUCUAGCGGCGUCACUCCCGCUAUUCUCCUUUCCGAUCUCUCUCAGGCUUGGAAUGAGCAGAAUAGGGGGAGAGCUCCAAAAAAGAGGCCUGAAUGCAUUAACCAGUUGAAGGAGAAGCACAGAAGAGCAAAGCUUCCUAGCACUGUUACAAUUGACUCAAUUUACGAGAAAAGAUUCUUAUCCUUGACUAGUGUAAUUGAAGCUGUCAUUGUAGAUGCUUACUGUCUUCCGGGAACCAACAUAUGCAUGAUCACAUUGGGUGACUUUUGGAGCUCUAACACCAUUGAUCUGUAUCUUCACCGUAGGUUUUACAAAUUAGCUGAUCCUAACAAUGGAAUUCUGAAGAAGGGCCGAGAAGCUUUUCUAACUGGAUGCCAUCUUCGAACUGCCAGCAAAAGUUGUGGCCAGGCACGACUUCUGCCAACUGAAUAUUUUGUGGUGCUGUUAGAUGAGGACCAAGACGAUGAUGCGAUGCUAAUUGGAGCACAGUUUUGUUCAGAUUCCUUCUCUUCCAUUUCUCUUGAGGCUGUUAAAGAAGGGGUCUCUUAUUCAUUGUAUGCUAGGAUUGAAUCAAUUGGAUCUUUGGAAACACAGAAGUAUGGUAAUUUGCAGAAGAAGCAGAUUACUCUUGUUGAUAACGAUGGUGUCAAGCUAAAGUUUCUGCUGUGGGGUGAGCAGGUUAUGCUAUCCAAGCUAUUCAGUGUUGGGAGUAUGCUUGCCCUGGAUAGGCCAUUUAUUGCAAGUUCUUCUAAUGGUGAAAUCGAAACAUGUGAAGAAAUUUUCCUUGAAUAUGGCAGUGCAACGCAGCUUUUUAUGGUGCCUUCUAUCCAACAUGAGGAACGAGUAUCUGUAUCAUUGACACAGAGCCGUUCUCAAGGAUCAAAGCUAUUAAAUCUAUCAGAUCAGAGAUCUGUCAUUUCCCAAGUGACCCUGCCUUGUGAUUCUCAAGGAUCUAUUGACUUCAGUCUUUGUCCAUUUCGGUAUUGCAGUCAUUUGUAGUUGAUCUACAUGACAAGAUGACUGGCCUCAGUCUUUAUGGAGUUGUUACUGACAUUGUUCAUGAGAGAAAUACGGCAAAGACCACUUUCUCCUUGAAGCUGAAAGAUAUAACUGGAACAAUUUGGAUAAAGCUAUAUUUUGUCGGAUUGUGGUAAUUAUCUUCAGUUACCUGUGUCCCAAAUGAAACAUGUUCAUUUUGCUAAAAAAGCUAAUGUUUCCUCGAUGUUUUUGCUGUUUAGGUCAUUGGGAAGAUUAGGGCUUGGUCACACAGUGUACAUUUCUGGUUUGACCUCCUCUACGAGCAUAGAAAAUAGGUGAUCACAACUCAAACUUUAAUUAGAUCCUGAACUUUGACAUAUACACACUGCGUUGACUACCUCUCUCCCGACAAGUUAGCUGCACAAAAACUCCAAAGGAACAACGUUAUAUCAUGUGAAAGUGGCCUAAAAGAAAGGGUUAUAUC